AUGGCCUCUGAGGGCCAACCCCAGCCGCCUGCCGCCGGAGCUGCUCCAGUCCCCUUGGGCCUUCCCGGCUCGGGGGCGGGCACGGGCAGGUCCCCCUGGUGGUCGACACGGAUCCCGCCCCUGCCAACGGCGUCGGUUGGCAUCGACGAGAGCGGCAAAAAAAGGGGCGAUUACCGGCGCGAAUACUGGUCGGCAGUCGUACGCCUGCGCGAAAACUACAUCCCGCCAGACAUUGACCGGGAGGAGCUGUUGCGGGACCUGGAGCAGGGUGAUGCCCGCGCCAUCCACCACCCGGCCGGCCACCCUCUUUGGCGGCUCGCUCAUCUCAAGUCCGGCGAGCCCCGGUAUGCCACCAAGCUGAGCAAUAUGGAAAAUUUGGUGGCCUGCGUAGCCAUAUACCAGACGUGGGAACAAAUGUUUCAGAUGCAGCCCACGCUGCUCCCUGUUCUGCCGUCGAGGUAUGACCUGUGGACCCUUUUUAUAAUUGGCGCCAAUCCGGGAGGGAGCAGAGCAACCACCCACUACACCUUUACGCGGCGGUGUUUUAAAGCUAUCGAAAACGCCCACCUCGGUUUCCUCCUCCCCGAGAUCUUCGGCCCCCACGAUCCAAAUUCCAGCGAUGGAUUUUGGCAGGGUUACAAGGAGUUCUUCGACCAGCAGCUCCGCAUCAGCAAGGACGAGGCAGAGGACUGCGUCUCGGAGAAGCAGCUCGGUAAGAGACCUGCCGCCAACAUCGGCGCCAAGGACGGCGAGGCCAAUGCCUACGAGCAACCUCCCACCAAGAAGCAUCGCGAACAGCCAACCUCGAGCCCUCUUGUCGCCUCCGAGAAGAAAGAAGAAUCCUCCUCGGCCAACCAGCCAGCUCAGAUGCUCGCUGGCCCUAGCACGGCGCAGACCCAGCCCGUCCUCCCUCGUCCGCCGCGUUGGCAACCAGAUCCCGACAUGACCCGCCACAUCCAGAAGCAUCCCGAGGCGUCUCCUUUUUACAACUCCUCGCAGCACGAGAGCCACGCACAGGCCAAGGCCCCGGCUCAGCAGGAGCAAACCUUUGUCUCGCCUGCUCAUCCUGCCCAGAUCCCUACUACGACAGGACACAUGACCGUCGAGCGUAUCCAAAGCGAGAUGGAUCGCGUUUCCCAGUCCGGCUCACCGCGGAAGAAGAGCUUGUCCAAGACGCAAGAGAAGUUCAACAAGGUACAGGAGAGUCUGGCCACGAGACAGAAUGCGCCGGGCAGGGCCGAGAUUUCUCGUAUGCAGCGCAAGUUUGACGAAGAGAUGGCAAAGGCUGAAGCCGGCAAGCUCGCGCAAUCCGCGCAGAUUGUCAACCUACGGCAGCAGAUGGAGAGCACCGCGUCAUCGUCGUCUUGGCAGCUCGCGUUCGCCCAGCCUGCUAUCAGCAACAUGCCUAGAGAUUUUAUCCCUAGCUCGCAUCGUGUGCAGCAGAAGGGUCAGCAGAAGGGUCAGCAGAACAUGGCGCCACAAAACCUUCUUCCGCCUGCCGCUGUCGCCGACAUGGGCGAAUCCCUGCCGAACAUAAACCCGCUGCCGGAACUCCAGCCGGUGCCGGUGCCGGUGUUGCCGUUGGCGUGGGGCCACGCCUACGAGGCGAGAAUGGUCGAGAAAGAUUUUCCGAUGCAGGGGACGCCGGACCAGACCCUCCAGGUCCCCAAGCCGAAAUAUGCACAGCGGUAUCGAGCCCAGGAGAAGGAGAUCCUACCAGUCUCGAUCCAAGCCCAACAGCCACAGGUAUACAUGGCGCAUGCUCCUCAACUUCCCCGCCGUGAUGAGUUUAUUCCGCGGAACCCCCAGCCUUUGCCGGCUUCGGUUUCGUUGCAGCCUCAGGCGUCGGCGCACUCCUUCGUGCGUUACAUGGCUGAGAUGGGCCGCCUGAUGGAUGCGCCGCCCAGCCAAGAUCUCCAGCAGCAGGAAAGCAACACGGCAGUUGGGCUCGGUCAACAGGCCUUCGGUUUCGGGCUGGAGGGAAUCGACUAUAACUUCAACCCUAGCGAGCAGGACAUCAACUACCCCUCGGAGAACCAAUUUAUAGAGCAGUACAACGAUGCUGUCGCGGCCAACGCUGCUCACGAAGAGCUGUUGCAGCAAGAGGCUGCGCAGAACAGUUUCAUGGCCGACUACAACCUCAGCGCCCCUCAAGACUCUCAGCCGGCGAGCCUCCCUGCCGCAGCCGCUCCCGCCCUGACAGAUAACGCCGGAGCCACCAUGGUCAUGGCUUCUCUGCACACCCCUGCUCCGCCUCCGAUGAACGACCCCAUGCUGCCGCCCGACAUGCUUCUCCCUCUCAUGUCAGCGGCCGAGCAAGCCUACGGCGCCGGUGGCAAUGUCCCUGCUCAACAGGAGAACAAUAACUCCUUUUUCCCUCUCGUGCCGGUUACUCAGCCAGCCCACACCGCAGCUAUCAGCGCAGCCGCUCCUGCUCCUAUCCAGCAGCAGCAGCAGCAGCAGGACAACACCUCGCUCCCCAUAGAUAUCGGCGCGUCAUCUCACUCCCAGCCCGCCACCAACAUCACCGCAGCCAGCACCAGCACCGGCACCGGCACCGCGGGACCUUCCAACGAGCCGCAGCACCCCGCCCUGCACUCAAUCCAGCAAACACAGAACGAGAUCUUCAGCUACGUGAGCCAGGCGCACCACCACCAGCAGCAGCAGCAGCAGCAUAGCCAGGGCGCCGGCGCUGCCUUCGACCGCGAUCCCCUUGCCGGCACCCCUACAGCAGCCGCUGGGGCAAUGUUCUCGCCGUCACCUUCGCCUUCGCCUUCUUCUGAGCAGGACGAGCAGGAGCAUGUUGAGUCUCUUCAGCAGCAGCAGCAGCAGCAGCAGCAAGCCGUCGUCGCGCCUGUCCAGGCGUCGAGCCACGGCGCCGAGUUCCGCGCCGGCUGGGCCUCGGCCACCGCGUACCACCAGCGCGUCAUCGACGAGGUGCGCGCCGAUCUAGAGGCCGUACGCUACGAGGUGAAUACCCUACGUACUAAGAUUUCUGCUACGGCUGCGUCCUCUUCUUCUUCUUCUGGCCGAGCUAGAGGACAGGGAGGAGGCAAUGCUGGCUUUGCGUCUGCUCUAUUAGGCACCGAUUCGCCUCGUCGCCACGCUGUUGCGCUCAGUACCCGCGUGCAGAGUGUCGAGCGCAAGGUUGAUGACCUCGAGAAUGAGGUUUUCUAG